UGCCUGCUUCUCACUCGUUCGCCUUUCCCUGCCUCUACCCCCGCGUCUGCGACUCCGCCACAUUUCUCUGGUAGAAAAGGUUUGAAAGCGUCAAUAUCCCAGCCUAAAACUGAGCACCCGACUGCUCCGCGUCUUAGUUGUACUCCAAGAGCCGAAGUUAGCUGCCCACCCUCGGGGUUCCGAGGGUUGUUUGUUCACGUGACCUUCCCUCAGUCUCGGUUGCGUCAUCUCCGUGCGCAGAGGACCGACCCGAGGCGAUCCUCGUGGCGCACGCGCACGCGCCGCCGGACCUGUACUUUCAGAAAAGGGCUCUGUGGUUGAGGAAAGAGGUGCCAAAGGAGCAGCCCCCACGGCCUUUCUGGAAAGAAAGAACACCAAGGUUUCACAGGAGUACUCUAUUUCCCAGCUGGAAUCCUGGAGAGGAAAUUUAAGGAUUAUACUGCUAUUGUUCCUGCUCUCUGUGUUCUUCUGGGCUGAAGCCAUGAAGUCAUGACUCUCAACGGAUUUCUUAGUAGAAUAUGAAUUGGUCCUGGGUCUCAAGAUCUUCCCCCUCUUCUGAAACUCCAAAGUGUAGGGCAGUGGCUCUUACCUGAACAUCAACGUGUAUAGAGUAAAGCUGUAGAAUCAUUACUAAUGGCCUUAUAGGCAUAUUUAUAGAUUCAACAUGCUGACACUGAAUAAGACAUUGGGGCUUCUUUGUAGAUUGCCCAAAUGGCAAAUAUAUGGAUUUUUAAGAAGUUUUUCUUUUCUUCCUGGGAAACAGUUUCUUCAUAAACUAGUGUUAGGAAUUGAAACUAGUUGUGAUGAUACAGCAGCUGCUGUGGUGGAUGAAACUGGCAACAUCCUAGGAGAAGCAAUACACUCCCAAACUGAAGUUCACUUAAAAACAGGUGGAAUUAUUCCUUCAGUUGCACAGCAACUUCAUAGAGAAAACAUUGAACAAAUAGUGAAAGAAACUCUUUCUGCCAGUGGAGUCACCCCAGAUGAACUCUCAGCGAUUGCAACUACUGUAAAACCAGGACUUGCUUUAAGUCUGGGAGUAGGCUUGGAGUACAGCUUACAACUGGUAAACCAGUACAAGAAGCCUUUCAUUCCUAUUCAUCACAUGGAAGCACAUGCACUUACUAUUAGAAUAACCAAUAAAGUGGAUUUUCCUUUCUUAGUCCUUUUGGUCUCUGGAGGUCACUGUUUACUGGCCAUAGUUCAAGGUGUUUCAGAUUUUCUUCUACUUGGAAAAUCAUUAGAUAUAGCACCAGGUGACAUGCUUGACAAGGUAGCAAGAAGACUUUCUUUAAUAAAACACCCAGUAUAUUCCACCAUGAGUGGGGGCAAGGCUAUAGAACAUUUAGCCAAGCAAGGAAAUAGAUUCCAUUUUGAUUUUCAACAUCCUCUGCAUAAAUGUAGAAAUUGUGAUUUUUCUUUUUCUGGACUUCAGACUGCUGUAGACAAAAUAAUAACACAAAAGGAAAAAGAGGAAGGUAUUGAGAAGGGACAAAUCUUGUCCUGUGCCGCUGACAUUGCUGCUGCAGUGCAACACACAGUAGCAAGCCACAUUGCUAAACGAACACAUCGUGCUAUUCUGUUUGGCCAACAGAGAGGUUUCCUAACUCCUUCUAAUGCAGUAUUGGUUGUAUCCGGAGGUGUUGCAAGUAACUUAUAUAUUCGAAGAACUUUGGAAAUUGUAACAAAAGCAACAAAUUGUAUUUUAUUAUGUCCUCCUCCCAAACUUUGCACGGAUAAUGGGAUUAUGAUUGCAUGGAAUGGUGUUGAGAGAUUGUGUGCAGGACUGGGCAUAUUACACAACACAGAAGGUGUCCGAUAUGAACCAAAAUGUCCUCUUGGAGUUGAUAUUUCAAAACAAGUUGGAGAAGCUUCCAUAAAAGUACCAAGUUUGAAGAUUUGAUCCUUGAUUUUCUUUAAGAAGAAUUUUCUAAAGGUAUUGACUCAAUGUUAGUACCAGAUCCUGGAUUUUUAUAUGGUAUAUUCGAGAAGAUGUAAAAUUGUAAAUAUCCAUUAAAGCUUUUAUUUUCACACUU